AUGGGUAGGAAUAAAAUGAUAGCGAAAAGUUGCCCAAAAUGUGAGAUGCAGGUGGCUGUAGCCUCAAAGUCGUGUAAAUGUGGUCAUACAUUCUUCUCCGCCAGAAAAGGUGCUGAUUCUUUACCAGCUUUAGAAGAUAUAAAACGUAGGACUGGUCGCGUAAGACGGUCCCAGCCACAGUUCUACGACGCUCAGCACUAUCAAAAGCAGAAGAGAAAGAGUCCAAAAAAAAGGAUUAUAUCGAAGACAUACAGCGAUGAUGAUUAUAAAGGGAAAGGAAAGAUUGAAAGUGCCACAGCCAGAGCUCGCAGACGCAGAGCCCUGCGCAGAGCUCAGCGUGAACCGACAACAGAUAGAACUAGGGAUCCAACACCACAACUCCGACCAGCUCAAUUAGCCAGGUGUAAGUUAAUACUACUCGAGAUCAACAGAAAGAUGAGAGCGGUGACCUGGCAACCUCCUGGGGAUAUCUAA